CAACCCAUCCAGCAUGCGUUCGCAAGACGGUAAAAUAACCGCACUUUAGUGAUCUUCAGUCGGGUUUUGACAGUCGGUGUCUCGGCGGUGAUUUAGAACGAGCUGACGGGUCGCUCGCAGCGUCGACGACUACGGUUGAAUUGGAGUAAAAUGGGAAGGGAUAGAGAUAAAUCUAAAUCAAUUUUCUAGCACCGCUUGUUCGAUAGAUAUAUCCGCUUCUUACACUGCAGCAAAGAUAUAAUCAUUCGUUGCCUCAGCGGUGCCCUUUUAGCAGCAUAGAUAUAAUAAUACUCGAACGGAAACUUGAACCUGAACUUUGUACAUACAUAGAGAUUGCGUAACUUUAUAGUCGACUUCUUGUUUUGCGAAACUUCAAGUAGAAGACGAAGAGAGAAGAGGAGAAAAAAAAAAUCGCCGACACCUGAUCCUAUUCAUGCUUUCAACCCAUCGCGACUAACUUUCCCUCGAGAGUAAUAAAAAAAGUUACUUCAAAUUUCUACUGGAUUCGCGAAGCUGAUAUAUUAUCACCAUAUAGGAUCGUAUUGGGCGAGAAUCGUGAUCGCGUUUCUUCACUCUUUCAACACGGGAUAAAUUUAUUAAAUAUUAUUCCCUUUUUACUUGAAAAUUAUUUUCCAUCCGACAAGUCUGCAGAGAUUUUACAACGGUCAAAAUAUAAUCGUACAUUGUCAGCUGGACAUGAACGCUAUCCGUCAACUAAUUACGAAGUAAAACAAAAAAAUUGUCCCGGGCAAUACAGACUUUUUAACCAACCGUAAAACAUAACGAAUAAAAAUGUGCCACCGCGUUUUAUCGGUGUGUCGGAAUUGUGAGCAAUUUUUUUAAAUACGUUGACUGUUCGUUGAAUGCUUGGUGAAAACACUUGAAGCAAUGGAUGCGGUGAAUCGCGUCGUGCUCAACGUCGGAGGGAUUCGUCAUGAAACUUAUAAAACUACCUUGAAGAAAAUCCCGGCGACCCGGCUGUCGCGGCUAACGGAAGCUCUGGCAAACUACGACCCCAUCCUCAACGAAUACUUCUUCGACCGACACCCAGGCGUCUUUGCUCAGGUCCUGAACUACUAUCGUACAGGGAAGCUGCACUAUCCUACCGACGUAUGCGGUCCCCUUUUCGAGGAGGAAUUAGAAUUCUGGGGCCUCGACUCUAACCAGGUAGAACCGUGCUGCUGGAGCACAUACAGCAUCCAUAGAGACACGCAGGCGACCCUGGCCAUCCUGGACAAGCUGGACAUCGACACGGACCGUCCAAGCGAAGAGGAAGUAGCGCGCCUCUUCGGGUAUGAGGAAGCUUACUACUCCGGGCGACUAACCAAGUGGCAAUGCCUCCGUCCUCGUAUCUGGGCCAUCUUCGACGAGCCCUAUUCCUCGCCGCUAGCCAAGGGGAUCGCCUGUGCGUCGAUUCUGUUCAUCUGCCUUUCCAUCAUCACGUUUUGCUUGAAAACACACGAAAACAUGAGAGUAUCACGUGACACGACAAGAACCGACAACCAACGUGACCCGACAGAACCCCAUUGGGCUUUCUUCUACCUGGAAUUGGCCUGCAACGGCUGGUUCACGGUCGAGCUAGUGCUUCGUUGUCUGGUCAGUCCAAGCUUGAAACAGUUUGCUAUGUCGCCGGUGAACCUUAUCGACCUCGCAGCAACCCUGAGCUUCUACACGGAGUUUAUGAUCGAUCAAGUUCAAUUUUUGGAAGCCUUCUCAGUCGUACGAGUUCUUAGACUGUUCAAGCUCACUCGGCACUCCCCAGGUCUUCGCAUUCUGAUUCACACCUUCAAGGCGUCCGCCAGAGAACUCGUCCUCCUGGUCUUUUUUCUGCUGCUAGGCAUCGUACUGUUUGCCAGCCUGGUCUACUACGCCGAACGAUUUCAGCAUAAUCCAGGAAACAACUUUGAAAGCAUUCCCGAGGGUCUCUGGUGGGCUUUGGUAACGAUGACCACGGUUGGUUACGGUGACAUGGCGCCCAAAACAUUUCCUGGAAAAUUUGUCGGCGCUCUUUGCGCCCUGGCUGGAGUAUUAACCAUUGCUUUACCAGUACCGGUAAUCGUCAGCAACUUCUCGAUGUUCUAUUCCCACACGCAGGCUCGCAGCAAAUUACCGAAGCAAAGACGAAGAGUUUUGCCAGCAGAAGCACCGCGCAGAAACAGACAUCACAAGCCUCAUCAAAAUACCACCAUUCAAAAUCAAGACUUCGUGAACACAUUGCCGAGGUUCACGGCUCCCCUAAUGCCUCGACCGGCCACCAUCGGGAUCGAUACUUUCCUGCAACUGCAGCCACAGAUUUUGGCGAAUCUAGCAGAGAUUCGGCCAAGAGCUACGACUAUGCCAUCUGAGCAGAAGGAAUUCACAGCGAUCCAGAUCACGAACAACAAUUCCAAGGACUGUUCACCCGAAGAGUUGAAUCUAGAAAAGGGGAAGACUGCAGAGACCGUAGAAACAUCUGACAUUGAACCUCAAAAAUCAGCCUCCCAUUCAUCCGCAAUUCGUUCGGAUGCAUGCGACCCUACUUUAUCAUUGUAACCAGCUAGAUGACGGCGAUUUUGAUUCAUUAGCACACAAGAGAAAUGUUAGUAAGACAGAUUUGCUUGUGCGAAACGUGACGUUCGCGUUUCAGGAUUCAGAUGAAUUUUCAUCAAUGUUUAGUUUUUCUUUCAGUUAUUUUCAUUGAAUGAGUAGACAUGUAUGCCUGAAGUUACGGAUGACUUGUACUAUAAACAGGAGAGAUGAGAGCCCAGAGAAGUAACACACGUGGUUUGAAAGUCAAGGAUAUAUGGUGAUGAAAAAUUGACAAGUAAUCCCAAACAGUUCGUGUUAUCGUUUAAUGUAUAAAUGAAUGUCUUGAUGUAAUUCAACUUCCCUGACUACCGUGCCAGAGUUUGAAUGGUA